GUUCAGUGACAGUUUGCAAACCAAGUGCAUUGGUAGUAGUGGUUUUUAAAAGCAAUAUGGCCGCUUGAUUGCUGGUCGUAGGUUGAGUGUGUGUAGACAAAGAACGCAGUUUCUCGUGAAAAUCGAGGCCGUGUCAAGUUUGUGUGUUUAGUUUUUUUUCGGGCAUAAAAAUUGAGUGAAACGAUCAUAGAAUGCUGGAGCUCGAGGUGGUGCCCGAAAGAUCCCUCGGCUGCGAGCAAUGGGAAUUUAUUUUAGGUAUGCAUUUCUCUCAGUCUGUAUCUAUUAUACAGUCUCAAGUGGGCAUUAUUAGAGGAGUCCAAGUCCUGUACAGUGAUGUUAAUCCGUUAGAAGUAGAUCUAGUAAUAAAUUUGCCGCACGAUGGUGUACGACUCAUAUUUGAUCCUGUCGUGCAGAGGCUCAAGAUUAUUGAAAUUUAUAAUAUGAAAUUAGUUAAACUUAAAUACUGUGGAUUGGCAUUCAAUUCUCCAGAGGUGUUGCCAUCAAUUGAACAAAUCGAACAUUCAUUUGGAGCAACUCAUCCUGGUGUCUAUGACAGUGAUAAACAGGUCUUCGUGCUAAACUUCCGAGGCUUGUCCUUUUACUUUCCAAUGGACUCAAAAUUCCAACCAGGCUAUGCCCAUGGUCUUGGGUCAUUACAAUUUCCAAAUGGAACGUCUCCCUUAGUCGCUAAGACUGCCAUUUACAUGGGAAAUAUGGCUGCGGGAGGCACUGGAAGUGAAGAACACAACUUAAAAGCACCACCUCCACCUUUGCCUCUCGUUUGUUAUCACAAUAAUUUGUACCUGGAAAAAGCCGAAGUUGUCAGGGACAAAACUCAAACUCGUGGCUUGAAAAUGCACUUAUUCACAGAAGGCAGUUCUGCUACAAGAGUUCUUCUUGAGCCAAAGAAGCAUUGUUUGACAAAAGAGGUCUGGUUUGGCGACACUUGUGAAGAUGUUUUGAGUGCCCUUGGAGCACCGUCUCGUGUUUUCUUCAAAGCUGAAGAUAAAAUGCGAAUUCACAGUCCUCAUGCGCAUAAGCGGGAUAAAGUUAGAAGAUCUGAUUUUUUCUACAAUUAUUUCACGUUGGGAUUGGAUGUAUUAUUCGAUGCUAAAACCCAGUGUGUUAAAAAAUUUGUUUUACAUACAAAUUACCCAGGGCAUUACAACUUCAAUAUGUAUCAUCGUUGUGAAUUUGUUCUCUCUCUACCCCCAGAAAAUAGUUCCGUCGAUUCUGGGAAACUCAUCGAUGUCACUCCCACUCCUGUGACGAUCACUGCCUAUACAAAAUGGGACAGAGUAAGCGAGCAACUAAAUGCAAGCGCUCGACCCGUCGUUCUAAAUCGCUCGUCUUCUACAAAUACCACAAAUCCAUUUGGUUGCACAUUCUGUUAUGGAAUUCGAGAUGCCAUUGUAGAAGUUAUGGCAAAUCAACACAUUGCAAGUGUGACCCUCUACACUACUGCGUGACCUUCGUAAAAAAAACAAUUUGCAAAAAAAAGUAUAGCACUUCUUUUUGCAGUGCAAAAAAAAUAUUUAAAACAAAGAAAAUAAAAAACACAAAAAAAUCUCUAAACAUUGGAAAAACUACAAAAAAAGAAGGAAAGAAAAUUUGUGAGUUUAAUUCAGUGUGCUAAGGGACUUCUGAAUGAAGUGAUAAAUAAAUUUUUUUUUGAGGCUUGAUUAUGAAAAUGAUACAAGACAUUUAAAAAGAAAAUAAAGUUUUAGUGAUCAUCGUAGAAAAAAAAUCAGUUCGGCAUAAUAAUUAUUUUAAAUAUUGAAAAUAUAUUAUUAGGAUUUUUUAAAAGAGCCAGUCUAGGAUUAAAAGUAUCAUUAAUGAUAUUCAAUUUGGCUAUUCUGUGGUAAAAUUAUAAAGAUAUCAAAUAUCUUCUAAUCAGCAAUCUAAAAAAAAAUUCACUUUUCAAAAUAUAUGCACGAAAAAUCUAUCUUAAAAUUCAAUUAUAAUAAAAGAGUGUAGAACGUGGGGAAAAAAAGAAUCUAUAGCAUUCGUUUGUAAUGUUAAAAUAAAGGAUAAAAUUAAUCGUACAAUUUAAUAAAAUGUUUAGCUGAAAUAUCUCAAUCUUUAUUAUAAAAGAUUCUUUAAUCUUCGUCUUAUAAAAAUGAUUAUUGGCAGGAAAAAAAACUCUACUUAAAAGUAAAAAAAAGAAAACAAAUAUUCGAAAUCAAUUUAGGCCGAACUUUUGAUUUUUAAAAAAAGGACAAUAAAUAUUUUUUGUUUAUAAAACACGAGAUGGAAAAAAAAUUCUUUUGCAGACAAGUGUAAUGUGUGCGUAGAAGUAUAAGCGAUACAUUGUGAUGAUAAAAGCAAGUAUGAAAAAUUCUCUCUUUCAUACUUGUUAAAUGUGUAAUAGAUUAUUUAGCUCUGGUGUUCGCCGAUAGAUCGUCGAGUAUUUGCUUUGGAUAUUUAUCAAUCCUGAUUAAUGUGCGUAUAAUAAUAAUAAUUAUUAAUAAUAAUAAAUAUUUAAUCCGACGAUUUAAUUGGGACAUAUAAAACAAGUAAAAAAAAUAAAUAGCUAAUUUGAUUAGUUGAAUUCUAAUAGUCAAGAUUUUUCCUAGUUAUGAAUUCUGUAAAGCUGGCAUUUUUAUUGCCUAUAUUUCGAUUGCUGAUCUCUCUUGACAUUUUUUACAGUUUGAAGGGCGUGUACAUAUCUGGAAUGAUAUACAUUAUUAUAUAAAAAAAAUACUUAGGAUCAACGUUGGUUUUUAAAAAUCGACAAAAAAAUGUAAAUAAUUCUAUAUUGUAUUUCCUCUAGUGAAUUAGAGAUGAAAUCAAUAUAUAUGUAAUUCUUGACUCUUGACAAGAGAAAAUUUAUAUAUAUAUAUAAAAUAUCUUCUGCAGAUAUAUAUAUAGUUUUUAAAACCACAGUGUGAAACAGAAUGUAACAAUCAUAAGAUCAUAAUAUUAGAUUUAAAACACUAUUUAUAUUCAUUUUCUUUUCUAUUCUCAAACAUUGGUACUUGACACGUUAAUUAAACUGUUACAUUUAUUUAUGUUAUUAUAUUUAAUUAUCUUUAACUAUAUCUAAAUCUAAAUUGAUUAUUAUAAAUUUUUCAUAGUUCAUAUUAGAUUAUUUAGUUUCUUUUCUUUUUUUUUAUGUAUUGCAUCUUAAUAUCAUCAUCAAUUUGGUUUAACGCUCAUAUAAUGCCGUUUGACCAUAUAUCAAAGAAAUCCAAUGAAAAUAUUUAAAAGAAAAAAAAAAAAAAAAAAAACCACUCAGAUAGUGUGAAUGAAGACACUUGUAGAGUGAUAAUGUACAAAAAAAUAGAAUGACUAUGUACAAUGAAGCAAAAUAAUACCUCCAUAGCAAUUUCGAAUAAUAUGCUGACAUUAAUAAUAUUGUAUAUGUGAGAGAGUGAGAGAAAUCUUCAUUACAAAAAAAACCAAGAUUUUCGAUUUUGGAAGAAAAGAAGAGGUCUCUGAAAAAUUAUUUAAUAUAUAGAAAUAUGGAUUCGUGUUCUGCAUAAUAAUGUCACAAAAAAUUGUUGAAUAUUAAUUCGCACAAAUUUUCAUUGUAGAAUGCUUCUAAAACAUUUCCAAAAAAAAAAAAAAAAAAAAAAAACUAGAAAUGAGCAGCUUAGAUCAUUAUAGAUUCAGCAUUUAUUUGACAACAAAAUUUCGUGCCUGAUUUACUGUUCUUCUUAUCAUUGAUGUAAAUGAUUUAUUUUUCCUUAAAAGUAAUAUCAAGUGUAAAAGUACUUUUUCCAAAAAGUGAAAAAAAAAAAUGUUAUUUAUUACUAGGGUGAUGCAAUAAUAUAGUACAGGAUUUAUUCUUUCGUUUUAUGAAAUGGUUUUUAUGUUCUAUAAACUGGGAAUAGUUGCGUUUCUUUAUAAGAAAAAGUAUUUUUGCUACUUACUAUUCUGCAACUCGACUAUUCUCUAUUACUCUACCAAAAUCGAAGUUCAAUAAUAAUAAAAAUAAGUUUUUUUGUUUCACCAAGUCAAUGUUUCAGUAAACAGCUUAAUGUUAAAAAAAGAGCGAUUUAAAUAUUGUAUAAAUCUUUAUUUAUUUCUAAAUACUCAUUUUUUUGUGCCAAUUUUCUUCUUGUUUUGAAUUUUUUCUUUUGCAUCAGUUGGUACUGAAAUAUUGAUUUUUUGGUGCCAAGCCUGCACUUGAAUUUAAGGCUUUGUUUACUGUUGCUUCGGCACAACAAAUCAAAUUUUAGGAUAUUUAUGAACAACUUGUUAUAUCACGAGGAAUUAUUUAUUUAAAAAUUAGAUUGCAAUUUUGCGAUAAUUCUAUGUAUAGUUAGUCUAUUGCGAAUUAUUAAUAAUUACUUUUGCAUAUAAUUUAACUUUGGAAAGUGUUCAAAAAAAAAAAAAAAAAAAAAUUAGAAUUAGAUUCUAAUAUUAAUUUAAUGGAAAAGACUUUUAUUGACUAAUUUUAUUAUUUAGCACCAGGAGUUCGAUAAAUGGUGAAAAAAAAUAUAAAAAUAAAAUUAACAAUUUAAAUAUAUUUUUUUAAAUCGCGUUUCAAGUACCUACCUAAUAAGAAGUAAUAUUAUUUAAUUUACUUAAAAUUAUAUAAAUAUAAUUAUUUGGGUAAUGUGAUUUAAAAUAAAAAUCUUGAUAAUUCAAGAUUUGUAAAUUUAUUGAUAAAUAUUCUUCGCGUGAUAUAAUAAAUUGUUCAUUUGUUACAUUUGUGAAAUAUUAAAAGCCUCCGGUAUGAAUGAAUGUUUUAUUGAAAGUUACAUUAGCCGAAAGAUCCGGAGUGAAAUUUUUGACUGUUUUCGUACAGUGAUUGUGAAAGUUAGACAAAAAAAACAAACAAACAAAUCGAAAUUAUUCGCUGUAUUAAUGACGAUUAAUUAUUUAUACAUAUUAAAGUUAUCGGAUCGCAUACACUUUGCAUUGCGUACACCUUUUGUAUGUUUACCUGAAAAAUAAAAGAUCUCAAAAAUUAAA